AUGACCAGCUCUUGUCAGCAUCCUCCAGAUCUGAGCCGUACUCACGAUCUGUUCAAAUACACGUCUGGUCGAUGGGUGUGGGUAUAUCGAUAGUAUUCCGUUUCUACUGCUAACAAUCCGGGCAGAUACAAUGAGAGUCAGCGUUUCGAAGAAAGAGAACGCACGUUCGAUACCGCCGAACUACAGCGGCUAGCUGCUGAAGCAGUCGCCCGGAAGGCUGAUAACGUUCUUUCUAUCAACAAACUCGGCGAAGGCGCAGCCAACCGCGCCUUCGUUAUCCGGUUUCGCGAUGGCUUCAAGCUCGUGGCUCGCAUUCCGUAUCCGGUUACUGAGCCACGACAGCUGGUUGUUGCUAGUGAGGCCGCCACGAUGGCUUUCCUUCGUUCAAAAGGUAUACCAGUCCCAGAUAUAUACGGGUACUCGGCAUCAGCAGACAAUUCAGCUCAAACGGAAUACAUUUUCAUGGAAUACAGUCCAGGAAGGAACCUUGGAACCCUGUGGGCCGACAUGAACGAGCAUCAUCGGCUUCGAUUCGUUAGGAGUCUCGUCGCCUUAGAGAGUCGUAUAUUCAAUCUUCGUCUCCCAGCUAGUGGUAGUCUCUACUUCUCUCGAGACUUGACUACGGCCUCCACAAAAGUUGCGGUGGAGUCUGACGAAUCUCGCAGCUCGGCUCCUUUUUACGUUGGUCCAAGUACAAGCUUGCCAUUCUGGUAUGGUAAAAGAAAUCAACUCGAUGUUGACCGCGGUCCCUGUAGGUUUCCACCCCUCCUCUUCUCUCUCUCUCUUCAGCUAGGCGAGUCGUACUAAUGCACAGUAGUUACGGAAGUGGAGGCUGUCUUGAAUGCCGGGGCUAAGAAAGAAAUCCAAUAUUUGGCGCGAUACGGACGUCCACUAUUCCCCUUCAACCGUAUGCAAAGGGAGACAUUCAAUCUGGAGAAACAACUACCUUCAGUCCAUCUCGACAGCCUUCAGAAGUACCUGCAAAUCUCUAGCGCCUUGAUUCCUGAAGAGAGCCGAGAGCUCAUCCGACCAGUAAUUAGACAUCCUGACCUCCGACCCAGCAACAUCUUUGUGUCAGAUAACUACGAGAUCGUAUCCUUGAUUGACUGGCAAAACGCUACGGCUCUCCCUCUGUUCUUACACUCUGGCAUUCCAGAUGACCUUGACAAUUCUCUCGAUCCAAUCUCAAGUUCGCUCGAACUGCCUCGACUACCUGACGAUCUAGCAGCCUUAGACGAGGACAGCAGACUGGAGCAGCUCGAACUUUUCCGCAAGCGACAUCUCCAUUAUCGCUACAUGAUAGAGACAUCGGCAAACAAUCCCGCACACUACGAAGCGUUGACCCUUCCCUUCUCAGUUGGAAGACGCAAAGUCUACGAUCUAGCAAGUGCCCCGUGGCAAGGCGAUAACAUCCCGCUCCGCUCGAGCCUAAUUUUCAUAAAGCAGCAAUGGGCACAGAUCGCCGCUAGGCCUGAUGUGCCAUGUCCAGUUACCUUUGCUGAAGAGGAAGAGCAGGAAUGUUUUCGCCUAGAUGAGCUCGAGCGUGAGGCGGCGGAACAAUUGAGGGGCUCUAUGGAGAUGCUUGGUCUUGGCCCAGAAGGCUGGGUAUCGAAUGACAACUACGAGGCUGUCAAAGAAGCCAUUGCCCGCAUGAAGGACAUGUGUCUGGAACAGGCGGAGACGGAGUUCGAAAAAGUCGCAGUACGGGAUCACUGGGUCUACGACGACAUGGAUGAGGAGGAGUACUUAUGA